AUGUCUGACGCCGACUUUGAGCAGGUCAGACGGCUUCAAGCCGAGCGUAAUUCUCUCGCUGCUGCCAAAAAAGGUUCAAAAACCUUCGACCCAUCCAGUCAGCGCACUGACUUUUCCACAAAGGCCUCCCUAACUGAAAGCUUUGAUACCGACCUCUACGAACGGAAUGGCGUCGAUAAGUAUUCUGGCUAUAAUACCUCCAUCCCUGUCGAUGGCGAUGAGGAUAUGGAAGAUGCAGAUACAGGGCAUCGACUGGUCGGUCAGUAUACUGCUAGUAGGGACCUAAUCAAUGAAAUGGCAAGUGGCAAUGGUGUUGAAGAGGAGGAUAUCUUACUUGGCCGUGAAAAGUCUGCUAGAAUCGCCGACCGUGAAACCGAUUACCAGAAACGCCGGUUUAAUCGUGGUCCUCUCACCCCGACACGCGCUGAUCCAUUUGCUGCGAAUGCGCAUGCCAACGUCGAAGCCGAGGGCCAGACUUAUCGAGAGGUCAUGGCACUCCGUGAGCUUGAGAAAGAAGAAGAGCGCAUUCAGAAACUCAUAAGUGAAAAGCGGGACGCAGGUGAAAGUGUUGAAUACCAAGCCACCUUGAAAGAUGAGGCUGACAAAGAGAAUAUCGACGCUGGCUCGACCGUCUCCGUCGCUGCUGGGCGUAAGAGAAAGCAACGAUGGGAUGUCGCUUCGGAGGAAAAUGCCGCCGCUGCUGCUGAGGAAGAAAACAAGAUCAAAGCGAAGAAGUCGCGAUGGGAUCAGACUCCUGCUGUACCAACACCAGACGGAGAAGCUCCUAAGCGACGCUCUCGUUGGGAUCAGGCCCCAGCUGCGCCAGCCGUUGGUGCAACUCCUGUUGGUCAGCCAGGCCUGGCGACACCGGCGCACCCGUCGAUGGGUGUAGCACCAAUCGGGGUAGAUCUUGGCCGUAAUGUUGUGUGGACGGACGAGGAGUUGGAUAUGAUGCUUCCUACCGAAGGAUAUCAGGUUCUCCAACCCCCACCUGGUUAUGAGCCAGUCAGAAACCCUGCACGAAAGCUUACGGCCACUCCUGCUGCUAUACCCAGUGCAAGCGGAUAUGGAGGUUUCAUGAUGCAAGAACCAGAGAGUGCUCGUACUCUUGGCAAACAACUUCCGACAGAUAUUCCUGGAGUGGGCGAUUUGCAAUUCUUCAAGGCUGAGGAUAUGGCGUACUUUGGAAAAUUGGUUGAUGGCGCAGAUGAAAACAGCCUGUCCGUUGAGGAAUUGAAGGAGAGGAAGAUCAUGAGACUACUCCUCAAGGUCAAGAACGGCACACCACCCAUGCGUAAGACGGCUCUGCGUCAGCUUACCGACAACGCUCGCCAGUUUGGAGCUGGGGCGCUUUUCAACCAGAUCCUUCCGCUUUUGAUGGAGAAAUCGCUCGAAGACCAGGAACGUCACUUGCUAGUCAAAGUUAUCGAUCGUGUUCUUUACAAGCUUGACGAUCUUGUUCGCCCAUAUACCCACAAGAUUCUCGUUGUUAUUGAACCGUUGCUUAUCGACCAAGACUAUUACGCACGUGUGGAAGGUCGUGAAAUUAUUUCAAACUUGGCCAAAGCCGCAGGUCUUGCCCAUAUGAUUAGUACUAUGCGUCCAGAUAUCGAUCACGUUGAUGAGUACGUGAGAAACACUACCGCGCGAGCUUUCGCUGUCGUCGCUUCCGCUUUGGGUAUACCAGCUCUGCUUCCUUUCUUGCGUGCAGUCUGUCGCAGUAAAAAGUCAUGGCAAGCUCGACACACUGGUGUCAAGAUUGUCCAGCAGAUUCCUAUUCUCAUGGGUUGUGCCAUUCUGCCUCAUUUGAAAGGACUGGUUGAUUGUAUCGCAGACAACCUCAGUGACGAACAAGCCAAGGUCAGGACAGUUACCAGUUUGGCCAUUGCUGCAUUGGCCGAAGCCGCCAAUCCUUAUGGUAUUGAGAGUUUUGACGACAUCCUCAACCCACUAUGGACAGGUGCCCGCAAACAACGUGGAAAAGGUCUCGCCGGAUUUUUGAAAGCUGUUGGGUACAUUAUUCCUCUGAUGGAUGAAGAGUAUGCCAACUACUACACCAGUCAGAUUAUGGAGAUUCUUCUCCGAGAGUUUUCUUCUCCGGAUGAGGAAAUGAAAAAGGUUGUGCUGAAGGUGGUGUCGCAGUGUGCUCAAACCGAUGGUGUUACAGCUCAAUACUUGAAAGAGAAUGUUCUCCAGGACUUUUUCAAAAGCUUCUGGGUCAGACGUAUGGCAUUGGACAAGCGCAACUACCGUCAGGUUGUUGAAACUACUGUCGAUCUCGGCCAGAAAGUCGGCGUAGGAGAGAUUCUGGAACGUAUCGUCAACAAUCUCAAGGACGAGAGCGAGGCCUACCGCAAAAUGACUGUAGAGACAGUUGAAAAGUUGAUUGCCUCUUUGGGAGCAGCCGAUAUCUCUGAGAGACUAGAAGAACGCCUUAUUGACGGCGUUUUGCUUGCUUUCCAGGAACAAAGUGUUGAAGAUAUUGUGAUUUUGAAUGGAUUUGGUACAGUAGUCAAUGCUCUCGGAACUCGAUGCAAACCCUACCUCCCACAAAUUGUCAGCACUAUCUUAUGGCGAUUGAACCAUAAGUCUGCCACGGUCCGUCAACAAGCUGCCGACCUCGUCUCACGAAUUACCAUGGUGAUGAAGCAAUGCGGCGAGGACGCUCUUAUGGGCAAACUCAGUGUCUUGCUGUAUGAAUAUCUUGGUGAAGAAUACCCCGAAGUGCUUGGUUCUAUCCUCGGUGCUCUACGAUCGAUUGUCACCGUGGUUGGUAUCAACCAGAUGCAACCUCCUAUUCGCGAUCUCCUCCCCCGACUUACUCCUAUUCUUCGCAAUCGACAUGAGAAAGUGCAAGAAAACACGAUUGAUCUGGUCGGUCGUAUUGCAGACCGCGGACCAGAAUCCGUCAAUGCUCGAGAAUGGAUGCGUAUUUGUUUCGAGCUGCUGGAUAUGCUCAAGGCUCAUAAGAAGGGUAUCCGUCGUGCUGCCAACAACACUUUCGGUUUCAUUGCCAAGGCAAUCGGUCCCCAAGAUGUUCUUGCAACCCUGCUCAACAAUCUACGAGUCCAAGAACGUCAGUCUCGUGUCUGCACGGCCGUAGCCAUCGGUAUCGUCGCCGAAACCUGCGCUCCUUUCACCGUCCUCCCCGCGCUAAUGAACGAAUACCGCGUCCCGGAACUAAACGUCCAAAACGGUGUCCUCAAAGCCAUGUCUUUCUUAUUUGAGUACAUUGGCGAAAUGGCCAAAGACUACGUCUACGCUGUCACACCCUUGCUAGAAGACGCAUUGAUUGACCGCGACCAAGUCCAUCGCCAAACCGCUGCCAGCGUCGUCAAACACAUAGCCCUCGGCGUGGUCGGGCUCGGCUGCGAAGACGCAAUGGUCCAUUUACUCAACCUCUUAUACCCAAACAUCUUCGAAACCAGCCCGCACGUUAUCGACCGUAUCAUCGAAGCCAUCGACGCGAUCCGCAUGGCCGUCGGAACGGGCGUGGUCAUGAACUAUGUCUGGGCAGGCCUGUUCCAUCCUGCCCGAAAAGUGCGUGUGCCCUAUUGGCGAUUGUAUAAUGAUGCGUAUGUGCAGAGCGCGGAUGCGAUGGUGCCUUAUUAUCCGGAUUUGGAGCAUGAUGGGGUCUCGCGCGCGGAGCUUUCGAUUGUGAUUUAG